AUGUCUGUCGCUGGCUAUUUCACCAAGAUGAAGGGGUUGUGGGAUGAAUUGGCUUCCUACAACGAUUCGCCGACAUGUUCAUGUGGUGCUAUAAAGAAGCAUCAUGAAAAAGAGGAACGCAAUGCCCUCAUGCAAUUCCUGAUGGGUUUAAAUGAAUCCUAUAGUGCGGUAAGGGGGCAGAUUUUACUCAUGAAUCCUUUACCAAGCCUUCGUAGAGCAUAUGCGUUGGUUUCGCAAGAGGAAAAACAGAGAGAAUUAGGUUCUGCACGGGUUGUAGCUGAAAGUGCAGCGAUGGUGGUGCGAUCCAGUCAGCAACAACAACGGGCCAACAAUAAUCAACGGCCUAACAUUAGCCAACAACAUCAGCAGUCCAGGCCCAAUCAGUUGCUACACAACUCCAGUUUCAGCCAACAAUCGCUGCUUUGUUCUCAUUGUGGGGACACAAACCAUGUUGUUGAAACCUGUUGGAAAUUGCAUGGCUAUCCUUCAUGGCAUAGACUACACAAAUCAGGAGGAGGCAAUCACAACUCAAAAGGAGGUGGGGGCCGCAACAAAUCUUCUUCAGCAAACCAUGUGGAUGCAAAUCCUAGUUUUUAUGAUGUGAAAGCCGUGAUGCCCAACCUCACCAAUCAACAAUAUAAGCAAAUAUGUUCAGUCCUGAAAGAGAAGGAAAGUGAUUCACAACCUGAUUCCCAAGCAAAUAUUGCCGGUUCAAGUUUGUUUAAAAAUUGCUCUACAACACUUAAUUGGAUUAUUGACAGCGGGGCGACGGAUCAUAUCACAUCUUCCCCUCAUUUGCUCACAAAUGUGAAGCAUUCCACCAUGCCACCCGUAAAGUUACCAAGCGGAGACCAGGCUCCAAUUACUGCAACUGGCACUUUGCCAAUAAAUUCAUAUUUAUUUUUGAAAGAUGUGUUGGGGGUUCCCACAUUCAAAGUUGACUUGAUGUCUGUGAGUAAGAUUACAGAGGAUUUAACUUGUUCAGUAACUUUCUUUCCACAAUGGUGUGUUUUGCUGGAUUUGGCUACGAGGAGGACGAUUGGUCUGGGUAAGCGACGUGGAGGCUUGUACUAUUUAGGGCUCGUUUGGGAGUGCUUUUGGAGCAGCGAAAAGUGCUUCUAA